AGAUGAUGGAACUGAAAAUCUGAGCCAUGAAAUAAAGACGUUUAGAAACCCACUAGGCCACAUAAACAUUAAUUACAAGGGACAAAUAAAAGGACAAGAACAGCAAUGUCAGACUAUGCUGUUUAUUAAAUCUCUCUUCAUCUCUUCAUCUUAGAUCUCGUCUGACACUACUCUUAAGAUCCUCUGCCAUUUGCCAAAAUCCUCCAAACUCCGUUGCUCUCUUUGGUCACUCAGAUCAUAGACCAACUCUGCCAUACUCAUUCUUUAUGUGCUUUUACAGCUAUACUUGUUUCUGAAUCAUGCCACACUUUUGAACUCCAAACGCAUUCGACUAGGAUUCAAGGUACAAAGUACCACCACGCCUCCAUAUUCUUUGUACUUGCAUGAAAACUAUUUGGUUUCACUUUCCAAGGGUGUAAAAAAUAUAUAAAUUCAGGACUGAGGUUGUGUGCUAGAAGCAAAAUCAAGAAUUUUGGCUGUUGAUGUGAAGCAUAAGGUUUUGUAAGAUAAAGGGGUUGCCAAAUGAUGGUUAGAUCGUGUUGGAAGCCAAUUGCUGAUGGUGAUGAAGGAGAUGGGAGUGGGAGAGUUGAUGGACUUCUUUGGUACAAGGAUUUAGGGAACCAUCUUUAUGGGGAAUUCUCAAUGGCUGUGGUUCAGGCCAAUAGUUCAUUAGAGGAUCGAAGUGAACUUGAGUCUGGACCCUUGAGUUCCAACCACUCGGGUCCUCUAGGAACCUUUAUAGGUGUUUAUGAUGGCCAUGGUGGAAACGAGGCAUCACAGUUUGUUAGUGACAAUCUCUUCUGCAAUCUCAAAAGGCUUGCAGCUGAACAUCAAGGUAUGUCAGAAAGUGUUCUCAAAAAGGCAUAUUCAGCAACAGAGGAGGGUUUUCUAUCUCUUGUGAAGAAACAGUGGCUGAGUAAGCCACAGAUUGCAUCCACAGGCACUUGUUGUUUGGUGGGGGUGAUUUGCAAUGGCAUGAUAUAUAUUGCAAACUCUGGAGACUCCCGGGUGGUGUUAGGAAGAUUAGAGAGAGCAACAAGGGAAACAGAAGCUUUACAACUAUCUACAGAACACAAUGUUAACCAAGAAACAGUGAGAGAUGAAAUUCGGUCAAAGCAUCCCUUUGAUUCACAAAUCGUGGUUAUGAGACAAAACGUUUGGCGUGUGAAAGGCCUCAUACAGGUUUCACGAUCCAUUGGGGAUGCAUAUCUGAAGAAAGCAGAAUUUAACAGGGAUCCUCUACCAUCCAAGUUCAGACUAGCAGAAACAUUCUUCAAGCCAAUUCUUAGUUGUGAGCCAUCAACAUCAUCCCACGUACUCCAUCCUGAUGAUCAAUUUCUCAUAUUUGCUUCUGAUGGUUUAUGGGAGCAUGUUACCAACCAAGAGGCUGUUAACAUAGUCAGCAAUAACCCACCUAACGGAAUUGCCAGAAGACUUGUGAAAGCUGCACUUAGAGAAGCGGCUAAGAAGUGUGAAAUGAGACUUUCUGACCUCCAAAAGAUUGAGCAAGGGAUGAGGAGACACAUCCAUGAUGAUAUAACAGUGAUUGUGGUGUUUCUAAAUUCCAAACUCACUGAGAAUACCUCUCUCUGUGGUUCUCCUCUUUCAAUCAAGGGAGGUGGGUCUGCCAAUUCCUAGAAUGCUACCUUAUCAAACAAAAGUAACAACUUAUAUAUAUAUAUAUAUAUAUAUAUAUAUAUGUAUGUGUAGAUUAAUAUGAAGCAAUAAUCAUCACCAUAAUAACCAAAGUUUAUGAUCUGGGUAACGCGAAUGCUAUAUUUAUAUAAUGAUUGUAAUCACUGCUCAUGUUUCUUAAGACAACGAAUCUAGGCCUCAGGUCGUGGUUCAAACAAAGUCAGCAAGGUUAUGCGAGUGAAUAAUCGCAAAGCUCUGCAUAUUAAUUAAUAAUUUAAUAUAUCUGCGUCUACUUUGUACAA